AUGUCGUCGGCUGCCAACUUCAAGUUGAAUUUUUCCGAAAAAACAUACUCUUUGAACACCGGAGAUAGCAUCCCAGCAGUUGGACUUGGAACUUGGCAAUCUCAGCCAGGUGAUGUGAGCAUUGCUGUUGAAGUUGCUUUACGAGCUGGGGGUCGCCACAUUAAUGCAACAGCAGCUUACGGCAAUGAAGCUGAAGUCGGAGAUGGGAUUAAAGCAUCCGGAGUUCCUCGCGAUGAGAUCUUUCUCACAACAAAACUUCAUAAUCAGUGGCACACCCGGGUCCCAGAAGCCAUUGAAGCAUCUCUAAGGGCACUUCAGACUGACUAUGUUGAUCUAUACCUGAUUCAUUGGCCUUGUUCAACCGAUCCCAAUGAUCAAACCAAGAUCAUUCCUGAUUGGGACUACAUCAACACAUGGGUUGAAAUGCAAAAGCUUCCAGCCACAGGGAAGGUGAAGGCAAUCGGGGUUUCUAACUUUGGUAUCACUCAUCUUGAGAGACUACUGAAUCACCCAUCAACAAGGAGAUACUCCAAGAGCCCAGGGUUGCAGCUGACUCUUGAUCAGAUUGUUCCAGCCGUAAACCAGAUUGAGCUCCAUCCCAACAACCCAUCGCCGAAGUUGGUAGCCUACAACACCAGGAACGGGAUUCAUAGCACUGCUUAUUCAUGCCUUGGAUCAACUGAUUCUCCCCUCUACAAAAAUCAAACCCUGAUCGACCUCGCCCAACGCAAGGGGCAGUCUGUGCAACGGAUUCUUCUCAAGUGGGGCUUACAGAAGGGGUGGUCGGUUAUUCCAAAGUCUGUCAAUCCGCAACGAGUGCGAGAGAACUUUGAUAUCAAUGAUUGGGAGUUAACAAACGAUGAGAUUGCAAUUAUUGAUGCCAUCUCGUCUAGAUUCAAGGUCUGCGACAGCUCUUUUCUUCCACCGGCGAUGCAUGAUAAGCUUCGGCGACGACGAAUGAAUGGAACAAAGCCGUUGGGCCCAAACCCUGGAGCUUAUAUCUAG